AUGUCGGCAGCUCGUGGCGACGCGAACUUGGCAGAAGCAGCCAAGGCGCUAACAACGUCAAGGUACAUUGAUGCUCAUAAUCUGCUUGAAGAAGCAAGGUUCGAGUAUCUCAAGGCCGGAGUGACAGACAGGGACGAGCUCAUCAAAGCCAUCAGAAAGAGAAUAGACGAUGCUCUCAACGUCAUGUGCUCUUCCAGUGACGCCAAACCAGCACAGCCGUCAGCAUCUCAAGCUGCGCCACAGGCCGGGCCUCCCGGCAUGGAGUUGAGUCAGAGAUUGAGAUUAGCGAAGCAAGAGGGCGACGAUCUGAUUAACCAGGCAUCAAAGGCUCUCGGCAAUCGCGAGUUCCUCAAAGCAAGGUCCCUUGCAGAGAAGGCCAGGGCAUCCUUUCAAGCAGCUGGGUCGAGUGUUGCCCGCGAGAGGGAGAAUAUCGUUGGGAAUCUGCUGUCGUAUAUUCAAGUGGAGGAGGAGAGAGUCGAAGCAAAUCGAAGGAGAAAGCUGAAGCAGCAGAAGCAAGAAGAAGAGGUCAAGCAAAUGGCGAAGAGGGUUGAGGAUGCCCUGGACUCAUCACUGGCAUUUCCCACAGAUGGCGAGCAAGCCAAGACGGAGGAGCCAACGAUUGAAAGUUCCCCAAAGCCAGACCUUUGCAUCUUGGUGGACAACGGUUCCUCGAGGGCUUCCUCCACGAAGCUGUUGCGCUCGAUCGCAGAGAGAUUGUCAAAGAGAACAGGUGUUGAUGUCACUGCGGUGUCUCUUGCACAUGCAGAUAAAACACCAGCUGAGGAACUUGAUGGGACUCCUGCCAGAGUUUUUUCGACGUUCUUGCGGGAGGAAGUUCGAGACCGAGACAUCAAGACUAUUCUUGUGUUGCCGUUGUUUCUUGGGCCGAGCAAGGCCGUCACGAAGCGAAUACCCGAUAUCCUCCAAGGGGUCAACGACGGUAUUGCAUGGCACUGGCAGAAUCUUUUGUCCCGACUGAUCGUUCCCCAAGAGAUCAGCGAAAUCAAGUGGUUCGUUGCGCCCCCUCUAUGUCAAGACAACAGAUUGGUCUCCCUCAUGGAAACUGAAGUGCGUCGAACAAUCGAGGAGAACUCGCUGGAUAAGGAAAAUCCCUACAUCAUACGCCCAAGUCUGACAACUAGCAUGAUCACUGACGAUUGUGUGUCCCAAGUUCACGCUGCGAGCAUGGAAAGGAGACCGGGACCCGAGUAUGCAUUUUGCGAUCCUCUCUUGAUCGAUUGUAUCCCUCAGGUCGGCGGUGGGGACGGCGACAUCGUGCUUUCCAUGGCGUUCUUGCUGCCAGGCACACACGCAGGAGAAGGAGGAGACAUCGACGAGAUCUGCGAGAAGGCACUGAUGGAGAGCGGGAGCAGGAGGAGAGUUUUCAAGACACGUCUGAUGGGCGAGAGUGAGCUUCUCCUUGACAUCUUGCAUCGGCAGUAUGAGAUGGGCCUUCCCAAGCUCUUCCCUCUGAGAAAUAAGUUGUGA